GAUCUGGCCCGCAGGUGUAGGGAAUUAGAGCAUCAGCUCUGCAGGUGUGGAGAAUUAGAGCCUUAGCUCUGCCUCAGAGAGGGACCUCAGUUUUCCCGCAUGUCAAAUGGGGUCCCCACCCUAAGACUGUCUCAAUUCUCUUCAUCGCCUACCCUUGCCUAGUCCUUUCCGAACGGCCCCAGGCCUCCACUCCUCUCAGUCUCUAGAGCUCUUCCCUGGGCCUAAUUCCCAGGGGCAGACAGGGGCAGGGAGAGUAGGACAGCGCCCAACCCUAAGGGAGCUCCCAGAACUGGUCUGAAAGAAACUCCUAGAGACAGGGUGAAAAUGGCCAGCUUCCGGCAUCAGACAGACUUGUGUUCGAAUUCGACUCUGCUUCUGACCAACUGACUUUGAGCGCUUCAUCUCUCUGUGCCUCAGUUGUUCCUACUGUGAAACGGGGACCCAGCCUGAUGACGAAGGAUGGAAGGAACCCAGCGGAGGAUCUGACCUGCACGAAGGGCGGCCGCGGUUAACUCCUGACCUCUCGCCCCUUUCCCAGCCCGGGAGCGGAGCCUCACCUCCCAGUCCCCAGUCCCUCCGUCGCAGGCUCCUCCUCCACUGACAUCAGAGCCGCAGGCGGGCGGAGGGAGCCAGCCGAGUCCGAACCAAGCCCCAGCGAGAGAGCCGGCGGCGGGGCCAGGCGCGCAGCAGCGGCGGGCGGCGGCCAGCGGCCAGCGGCCAGAACCCAGCACCAGGCACCUCGGGCCUCCCAGCCAGCCCCGCGGUGGGGCAGCCGCAGGAGCCCUGGCUGUGGUCGGGGGGCAGUGGGCCAUGCCGGGGGCAGUGGAAGGCCCCACCUGGAAGCAGGCGGAGGAUAUUAGAGACAUUUACGACUUCCGUGAUGUUCUAGGAACAGGGGCCUUCUCAGAGGUAAUCCUGGCAGAAGAUAAGAGGACUCAGAAGCUGGUGGCCAUCAAAUGUAUCGCCAAGAAGGCUCUGGAAGGCAAGGAGGGCAGCAUGGAGAAUGAGAUCGCUGUCCUACACAAAAUCAAGCACCCCAACAUUGUAGCCCUGGAUGACAUCUAUGAGAGUGGGGGACACCUCUACCUCAUCAUGCAGCUCGUGUCAGGUGGGGAGCUGUUUGACCGAAUUGUGGAAAAAGGCUUCUACACAGAGCGGGAUGCCAGCCGCCUCAUCUUUCAAGUGCUGGACGCCGUCAAGUACCUGCACGAUCUGGGCAUUGUACACCGGGACCUCAAGCCAGAGAAUCUGCUGUACUACAGCCUGGAUGAAGACUCCAAGAUCAUGAUCUCUGACUUUGGCCUCUCCAAGAUGGAGGACCCUGGCAGCGUGCUCUCCACAGCAUGCGGGACCCCAGGAUAUGUGGCCCCAGAGGUGCUGGCUCAGAAGCCCUACAGCAAGGCAGUGGAUUGCUGGUCCAUUGGAGUCAUUGCCUAUAUCCUGCUCUGUGGUUAUCCCCCCUUCUAUGACGAGAAUGAUGCCAAACUCUUUGAACAGAUUUUGAAGGCCGAGUACGAGUUUGACUCUCCUUACUGGGACGACAUCUCUGACUCCGCCAAAGACUUCAUCCGACACUUGAUGGAGAAGGAUCCAGAGAAGAGGUUUACCUGUGACCAGGCCUUGCAGCACCCCUGGAUUGCAGGAGAUACGGCUCUAGAUAAGAAUAUUCACCAGUCAGUGAGCGAGCAGAUCAAGAAGAACUUUGCCAAGAGCAAGUGGAAGCAAGCCUUCAAUGCCACGGCUGUGGUGCGGCACAUGAGGAAGCUACAGCUGGGCACCAGCCAGGAGGGGCAGGGACAGACGGCCAGCCAUGGGGAGCUGCUAACACCAGCAGCUGGGGGUUCUGCGGCUGGCUGUUGCUGUCGAGACUGCUGCGUGGAGCCAGGUCCAGAAGUGUCUCCCACACUGCCCCCCCAGCUCUAGGGGCUGGGAUCCCCUAUGUGGGAGGGCCUGGGGGUGGCCUGCUCCCCCUCCCUCCAUAAACUGGGGAGUUACCCUGCCUCACCCCCCUCUGAAACCCUUUGCCUACCAUACCUCCACUGCCUUUUCCAUACAAAUGUUUCUAUUUUAUUGUUCCUUCUUAUAAUAAAGGGAAGAAAUUAAAACCA